AUGGGACAUUCGCGAGUAUAUAGAAUGUUAAAAGCAGGAGAUCUUAGAUUGCACAAAAAUUCCAUCAAACCAAAGCUUUCACAUGAACACAAACUUAGGCGACUUAACUUCAUUUUGUCUCAAAUUAUCCUGCCUACUAUUAACACAUUAUCGAAAUUCUGUUUGAUGUACAACGUCGUACACAUUGAUGAAAAAUGGUUUAAUAUGAGCAGAGAGACACAACGAUUUUACCUAUUCACAUGGGAAGAGGAAGAGCCAUAUAGGCACUUCCCUUUUACAGAGACAAAAUUGCAAAUCAGACGUUCAAGCAACAGGCCAAUAGGUACACCAAAAUUGAAAGCAAUUACAAGAGUCACAAGGGAUGUCAUCAGGGAAAAGUUAAUUGCUGAAGUGCUACCAGCAAUCAGAUCAAAAUGGCCAACAAAUGGAGUUAGAGACAUAUGGAUUCAACAAGACAAUGCAAGACCACACAUAUUAACAACUAAUCAUGCAUUUAAUGAAGUUGCAACACAAGAUGGGUUCAAUAUUAGGCUAGUUUGCCAACCGGCUUCUAGUCCCGACAUGAACAUUUUGGAUUUGAGUCUUUUUAAUUCUCUUUAG